GGCUCGGCAAGGAAGAGAACUCGCUGACACAAAGACAUAUUUCAGUCUUUCGGGGGGCUUGGACACGUACCAACUACCAACUGGACCUUCAAAAAAACUCUCAUCGAUUUAAAAUUUGCGCAAAAAAAAGUGGACGCAGUCCCAGCUUUAGACGCGGUUCCAGUGCGAGGACGCAUACUCAAAAGAAGAGGGAGCGCGAGCACCUCGAUGCGGGGGAGCUGUCCAGUGCUAUAUACAUGCGCGUGCCAACGAAAGGGAACUAUCCAGUGCUGAAGUUGCAUUUCUGCCGAGAGAAACGCGGCGUCGCACCACAGCUGAAGAAGCCCGAUAAGCGGAGCGAGGGUCUGCCUUCGCCCUGUGUUGGCAUCUGAAUCUCGGCGUACCGAAGCAGAACCGUCGUGAAACGGGUUUGGCUCAGCGGUGCAUGAAGAGCGAAAGAUUUGACCGGCGGACGAGUGUUAUUUUGAAGCGUGAAACAUGCCAAGGUCUUUCCUGGUCAAAAAGGUUAAGCUUGAUGAUUUUUCAUCUGCUGAUCUCGAGAGCUCCUAUGGCAGAUCCAGAACUGACCUCAGCCUUCGAUUUCACGAGAAAGGGUACAUCAGUGACUACAUGACCCCGUCCGUGUACGACGGAGAGAGCGACAAUGGCAUCAAAGUGCCCUCCCCCGGACCCAUCUACGACAGUAUACACCGCGAUUAUGGAGCCCCAGACUCAGACCAGCCCGACAGCCCGCAAUCGGAGAUCUCCUCUGGGUACAUCAACGGAGACAACGCCGUCAGCGAGGGGUACACGGUGGAUGCCUUCUUCAUCACGGACGGCAGGUCGAGGAGAAAAGCCAUAGGCAGCCCCAGGAGCAUUCAGCGUCACACGUGCAACGAGUGCGGGAAAACUUAUGCCACGUCUUCCAACUUGAGCAGACACAAGCAGACGCACCGGAGCAUAGACAGUAAGAUGGCGAAGAAAUGCCCCACCUGUGGAAAGGUUUACGUCUCCAUGCCGGCCAUGGCAAUGCAUCUGCUAACUCACGACCUCAAGCACAAGUGUGACGUAUGCGGCAAGGCCUUCAGCAGACCUUGGCUGCUACAGGGACACAUGCGCUCGCACACGGGCGAGAAGCCGUUCGGAUGCGCACACUGCGGAAAGGCGUUCGCCGACCGCUCUAACCUGCGCGCCCACAUGCAGACACAUUCGGCCUUUAAACACUACAAGUGCAAGAGAUGCAACAAGACCUUCGCCCUAAAGUCCUACCUGAACAAGCACUACGAGUCGGCAUGCUUCAAGGGAGCUUUUUCGCCGUUGACUCCGAUCGAGGCGUGAUUUCCAGAUUCACGAGAAAAUAUGGCAUCAAAAUUCCGACGUCACACAUAGCAUUCGAAACGUCAGCCGGAUGACAGCACAGUCCGGCUCGAGUUUUCCUUUCCUGCAACAGCGAGACUGAAGAAAACUUGGAUUAUUCGCAUGUACCUUAACUUAUCUUUUCUAAGCAUAAUCUCUUUCUCCCGCUGUUCACGUAUUCAGAGCCGAAAUAACAUGUGUUUUGCCAAAACUCAGAGGACAUUGAAAAUGUCUAUCUCUCUCAAAGGUCAAACCUUCUCUAAGUAUUGGAUAAUAUUGUACUGCUGCCAGUGGCCACAAAAAGUGUUCAGCAUUGAGGUAAAAUAUUUAUUCAUUAACCUAUUUAUGUACUUAUUUAUUAUUUUCUAUAAAUUGUGUAAAACAUUCAUUUGCACUUUAAUUUAUUUUUUAUUUUUUGCCAAGCCUUCGUCAUCAAUAUGCCAAAGCAUUUGCCACUUUUCGAAUAUAACUUAUUUUGUUUGCCACUUUAAAAUUUGUUGCAUGCAAAAAUUACUUCAAAUGAAAUCUAUGCCAAUUUUAUCAAGCUUUGGAUUUUUGCGAAAAUCUAGUUAGCAUCAGUCGGCAAUAUUUCUGGGAGUCAUUAAAACUAUAGAGCAAUAAUGCAUGGUAUUUUUAAAAAUAAAUGAGUAAUAACUAUAACAUUUUUAAUCACGAUUUUAUCCAGUACCAUUAGUAGUCGUAAGGAAAUUCAAUAUCAGGGAAAUGCCAGUGUAGUAUUAGUGGCUCGGCGGGGUCGGGGAGGGGGGCGUGAGGGAUCUUUUAAAAGUGGUUAUGCACUGCCUGCCUCUUAUUUAACGUAGUUUUAGAACGUAGGCACGUGGUGCCGCUCGAGUAGCUCCACGCGGUCCAGAGCACCCUCCGAAUCUCCGGAACACACGGAGCCCCAGUGACGGCGCGGCGCGGCCAGGCAACAUUUCACAGGUGGAUGAUGGAGUGGCACUGCUAGAACGUCCACAGCAACGAACCUAACAUGCCAGUGUGGCCAUCCUUCAGUCACGCGAGAGACCGGCAGAUUUAUCCUUAAGAAGCACUUCUUUGAGAACAUUUCCAACUUUUUUUGAAAAAAAAAAAAAAAAAAAAAAACAAAAAAAAAAAAA